AUGGGUGGGAAGGGCGGCGGAGGUGGUGGCGGGAAGGGCGGAGGAGGAGGCGGCGGAAAGGGCGGGGGUGGAGGCAGCAGCGGUGGCAAGGGCGGAGGGGGAGGGGGAGGAGGUGCAGGCGCGAAGGGCGGUGGAGGAGGUGGGAAAGGUGGUGGAAGUGGAACCGGAGGAGCCAGCGCCGCGGGCGAUGGCAUGAUGAAGGCCCCAGGCGCCGACGGCUACAUCGCCCGCUCCGGCUUCGAGGCCAACCCUCAGGGGUACUUCGCGGGUCUCCACCACGGCGACGCCGUCAAGUAGACACGUCGUACGUGCUGUUGUAGCUAGGCUAGCUGCCGGUCAGUGGUCUCUAGUGUUUAUAUCAGAAUAAUGUACAGACUGCAUGCGAGUAGAGAGCAGCCUAGCUAGCUAGCACGUACUGUUGUGCUAAUCCAAGUCGAGACCACCGACUGGUAGUAGUAAGUAACGUGUGGUAAGUGAAUGUGGUACCGUUUGUGUGUGCUAAUUAAGCUUCUGCGUGUGUGUGCUGGUUUUCUGAAUGAAUCGAUCU